AUGUCCCCGGAGAUUGUUGAGGAGCGUCCUUAUGACCACACGGCUGACCUCUGGGCAUUAGGUUGUAUCUUAUAUGAACUGUUUGCUGGAACGCCACCGUUUUACACAAACAGUAUCUUCAAGCUGGUCCGCAUGAUAAUACACGAUAAGGUUAAGUGGCCUGAGGGCAUGUCCGCCCAUUUCAAAAGUUUUCUCACCGGCUUGUUGCAGAAAGAUCCCCGCCAGAGACUGCAGUGGCCAGAACUACUUGAGCAUCCGUUUGUAGCUAAUUUAAUCGAAGUAUCCCCGGCCACCAUGCGGCUGAAUAGUCCGUUUACACGGCCUCUCACAGCAAGCCAGAAUCUGGAGAAGGAGCGUCAGAAACAGCAGCUUCGACGCCCUAACAGUUCUCGUCUUCUUCGAGCCGCGUCAAAAGAUCACACUGAAGUGCUGGUGCCUCCUGCUAAAAGACCGGAGAAGCCUACUCGAAUGUUGAAUUCCUGCUAUCAGCAGCCAGUCUCCAGCGACGGCUCACCGAUAGAUGACCAGGCUAAAGCCCAAACACCUACAAUACUCAGUGUGAAACCUGAUCCGGAUCAUCAAGGUAACAAUAAGGCCCUUGGCUACGUAAAUGACUUUGGUAUUGGACCCAGUAUAUCCCCUACUUAA